CUCUGCAACCAAACAAUAGGAGCGAAAAUUCUUAAUUUUCCUUUCUUUUCCCUGGUUCCAAACAGAGCCUUAAUUAGCUCAAACAAAGCAAAAGCAAUUCAGAUCGAGCAUCUCAAAGACUUGCUCACUCCUCUCUCUCUCUCGCUUUUCCUCCGUUGAAUCUAUAUAUAUACCUUGUCCAUACGUACGUAUAUCGACGAAUACCAUCAAACCCUAGCUUUCUCCAAUUCUUUGAAUCCGUUUACAUCUCUGUCAUUUUAUCUUUACCCGAGACUUGAGUUGCCGAUCCAACCAUGGAUGAAGAGUACGACGUGAUUGUGCUUGGGACCGGCCUCAAAGAAUGCAUCCUCAGCGGUCUUCUUUCCGUUGAUGGCCUUAAGGUUCUGCACAUGGAUAGGAACGACUAUUAUGGAGGAGAGUCAACUUCACUUAACCUUAUUCAGCUCUGGAAGAGGUUUAGAGGAAGUGAUAAGCCUCCAGCUCAUUUGGGUUCGAGUAGGGAUUACAAUGUGGAUAUGGUCCCAAAGUUUAUGAUGGCAAAUGGUACUCUUGUACGAGUACUCAUUCACACCGAUGUUACCAAAUAUUUGUACUUCAAAGCUGUAGAUGGGAGCUUCGUCUAUAACAAAGGAAAGGUUCACAAGGUGCCGGCAACUGAUAUGGAGGCCCUCAAAUCUCCUCUUAUGGGCAUUUUUGAAAAGCGCCGGGCUCGCAAGUUCUUCAUUUAUGUACAAGAUUAUGAUGAAACUGAUCCCAAAACACACGAGGGGAUGGACCUGGCUAGAGUGACAACUAGAGAGCUUAUUGCGAAAUAUGGUCUUGAUGAUAACACUGUGGACUUUAUUGGUCAUGCUUUGGCACUUCACAGAGAUGAUCGCUACUUAGACGAGCCUGCUUUGGAUACUGUGAAGAGAAUGAAGCUUUAUUCCGAGUCUCUUGCUCGUUUCCAAGGAGGAUCUCCUUACAUUUACCCUUUGUACGGGCUAGGGGAGCUCCCUCAGGCAUUUGCUCGGUUAAGUGCUGUUUAUGGUGGGACAUACAUGUUGAAUAAACCUGAAUGCAAGGUAGAGUUCAAUGAAGAAGGCCAGGUUAUUGGUGUCACAUCAGAAGGAGAAACUGCUAGGUGCAAGAAAGUUGUAUGCGAUCCUUCCUACUUACCCAAUAAGGUUAGGAAAGUUGGCAGGGUUGCAAGGGCAAUUGCCAUUAUGAACCACCCAAUCCCGAACACCAAUGAUUGUCAUUCAGUGCAGGUUAUUCUACCACAGAAGCAGUUGGGUCGCAAAUCAGAUAUGUAUCUUUUUUGUUGUUCUUAUUCUCACAAUGUUGCCCCAAAGGGAAAAUUCAUUGCAUUUGUAUCGACGGAGGCGGAGACCGAUCAGCCCGAGAUUGAACUGAAACCAGGAAUUGAUCUGUUGGGACCUGUGGAAGAGUUGUUCUUUGAUAUUUAUGACAGAUCUGAGCCAGUCAAUGAACCUUCUCUCGACAACUGUUUUAUAUCAGCGAGUUAUGAUGCCACAACUCACUUUGAGUCGACUGUCAUGGAUGUGCUCAACAUGUAUACCAUGAUUACUGGAAAGGCUGUUGACCUCAGCGUGGAUCUAAGUGCUGCUAGUGCUGCAGAAGAAUGAGAACUAUUUUUAGUUUGUGCAUGUGCGCAUCUACCUCCUUGUGCUUUGUUCUUGAGAGGGGUCAUAUGCUUAUGCUUUGGUUGGGACUUUUUAGUGAAAGUUGGCUCGGGUUUGAUUACGUUUUGUGUCUAAUAAUGUACUUGUUUCGUGCUUGUGGGAACCUUGUGUGUAAAAUUUAGAACUUCAUCUUUGUGCAAUGCGGAUCUCGUAACUGGACUGCAAAGCUGACUAUUUCUACUCGUUCCAACUGAGAUAUUUCAGCCA